AUGGUCAGCCAUCGUAUCACCUUUCCCAAUUCUCUCAACUCUGGUAUGGACUAUCUCCCUCUAGGCCCAAGGUCUGUUUCUCUCUCCCCUCCGCCAAUUUUUCAGCGGAACAGUCAACCCCCCUCAUUCAGAUCUCCGUUUACCUCUCUGUGCAUCGGGAGACAAAAGGUAACACGACAUGCAAUACAGAUCCCCACCCCUCAUGAUAUCAAUUGGAUAACCGAACCGCAAAAGAAAGAAAAAGAUAGGAAAUAUCUCACCUAUUAUCUCCACGCGUGAUUCAAUAUCUCUUCAAUCUUUGAUUGCUGCUCCUCGGCUGUCUGAUCCCAAUUUCUUUAACUCUCUUGCGGCCGACUCCAGAUCUUUUGAAGGAAGCGGAGGAUGGCAAAUGGAUGGCGGUGGAGAGGUACAGAGAUAUAUGGUAGGAAAGAGGAAAGGAAGUGUACGGUAAGUCUCGGGUGGCUCGCUAGACCAUAUCCCUGGGACAGUCUGAAAAAAAAAAAACCUCGAGGGGAGGGCAGCAGCGGCAAACAGGGUCCGAGAGUGAAUAGGGCUCGCUUUUAUUUUAUCCUUUAACUUUCGGGGAGGGACAUGAAUUUUCUCGCUGGGGAAGAGGGAUGCAAGGGAAGAGGGAAGAACAGACGGAACAAUUGACCAAGCGACCUCACACGGCAUUACCUA